AUUUGGGGGAUUCGGCGCGUGGCCAGCCCUCAACUUGCGUGGCCCUUGUGUGGCUAUGGCGGAUUGUCUGCUCUAGUGGGCCGCUCAAAAUGGACAUAAGGGCGCAGGGUACUGGUCCGACUUGUCUGCUGUGACUAACCCGUGCGGCGAGCGUGACAGAGACCGGGAAGGCGAGCCGUGGAAGGAGACGGGGUGCGUGAUUGGGUUGAGAUGAGCCAGACCGCGACGCGUCUGUUUGGCCAACCAUGCUGCAGGGUUGUUUCAACUUGUUUGCACACCUACACCCGAGGUAUAAAUCCCGCGCGCGCGUCGCUCCUCUCCCCUCCUCUACACUCACGCUUAACCGCAACCUUCUGUCUGCCGCUUCUCCAUCUCAGCAGCCUUCGUCGUCGUCCACGACAUACUCCCGCCACACACAUAAUGUCUUACUGUGAUUAUAUUCUGCCCUCGUUCGACAGCAUGGCGGCAAUUCCGGGGAUUGCCUCGGAAUACGACCAGUACACCGCCUUCAACAACUUCCCUGUGGACUACAGCUGGGAGGGCGGUCCUAUUGCUGGACCAUCGGCACCACGGGCUACCAGCAGCUCAUUGGUCGACGACCACACAUUCGAUGUCGACGACUGGCUUGACCCUGCAAUGUGGGAGACCGCCACCGCCACCUCAACGUCCCCGAAGCCAGGCCCCUUGGUCCUUCCCGAGGAUUGGGACUUCGCCCCGAAUUUCCCCAGCCUUAUCACUACGGAGUUGUCAACAAGUCCGCGCUCAAAAUGCCUCUCCGAUGCGGGCCGCGCUCCGCGCUCCUCCUCCUCCCACUCUCUUUGCGUCGGCGCUCCCGCACCUCCAACCGAAUGUCGUGCUACCUUGAAGCGGAGGCGAGAGGACGACACUGGCGACGAGGGCGCUGAUGAUGAACACCCGCACAAGGUCUCCCGCCAUCGCCAGUCUCGGCGGAAGCUCGACCUCAAGACGUAUCCAUGCAUGUGGAAGCUCGCGGAAGGGGGCGUGUGCAAUUUCGAAGGGACGUCCCAAGUUAUGUGGGCCCACAUGCGAAAGACGCACAAGGUGAAAGCGAAGAAAGUCGCGGUCCCCGAGGAUGUGCGCUGCGGUUGGGAUGGCUGCGCUCAUAGCGCUUUACCCGAAGACAUGGCCGAACACUGGAGCAAGACGCACAAGAGUGCUCACUUGGUGCGCUCAGGUCUCACACACGCCCACAAGGCGGCGCGCGUCACUUGCCGGCUGUGUCCCCAUGCAGACGAAGACGAGGACAGCGGCGCGGGGACAGGGAAAGGGAAGACAGCAAAGGCCAACGGGAAGAAGAGGCUCGACAGCCUUGUCAGGCACAUGCGCAUUAAGCACUGGAAGGACUACAAGUUCUGCGAUAACUGCGGAAAGCCGUGGCGAAGCGACGUCUUUGACAAGGCUGCUCGGGAUCACCGCGGCGACUGCUUGCUUGCGUUCAUGGACGGUUCUCCCAAUUGCUGCCACUAGGCUAUAUUUCUCAUCGUUCUGGUGUCGGGUUUCUGUUGCUCUGUACGUCGCCGCUAUCUCUAAUGGUUGUCUUUAUUGCUGCUAUUAACUGUUGUAUCGUUCGGAGUACAUAUCAUACCUAUGUAUCAAGUAUUCGUGUCAUCGAUCCCCGGUAUCAUGUAUUUGUUCUUGCAUCGGCCAAAUUGUUGUAAUCAGGCUUAUUGAAUACAUUUUCCCUGAA